CGCGGAUGGAGGAAGCAGCUGCAGAUCACACUCACUCAGUUUGAGGUAGUACACUGCAAAUACUGAAGCGCUUCACUGGAAACAACCGGAUCGUCCUGCAUGAACAAGACGUCCCUGAUUUAAUGGGUCCAAUCAUCGGGAUGUCGCCGGAUAAGAAAGCAGAAUCCCCAAGCAUGCUAGGGGAACGGGUGGGCCGGCGUGGAGUUUUUGGGACGCUACCUGAAGCAGAGUGUGCCGCUAGCCCCCUGGCCACCAGCCUGGACCAUACCUCCAGCUCGGGAGAUGAAGAACUUACCAACCUCAACUGGCUCCACGAGAACCUUCUCCAGAACUUCACGCUGGGAGUCCAGGAGACCCAGUCCAGCUCCAGUCCACUCUUUGACAUCGAAGGCAACCAUGGGAACUCAGUCAUAUCCUCGGCAGCUUCUAAUGGAGAUUCUGUCAAGUCGAAACCACCUUUCUCCUUUUCCCUGCUCAUAUACAUGGCCAUUGAACAGUCCCCAAGCAAGUCUCUGCCGGUGAAGGACAUUUACGGUUGGAUUCUGGAGCACUUUCCAUACUUCUCUAGCGCCCCCACUGGCUGGAAGAACUCAGUGCGGCACAAUCUGUCCCUCAACAAGUGCUUCCGCAAGGUGGAAAUGAGCCUGGGGAAGGUGAAUGGAAAGGGUUCUUUGUGGUGUGUGGACCCCGAAUACAGACCCAAUCUGAUUCAAGCCCUGAAGAAACAGCACUUCCCCACCGCCCACUCCUUCUGCACGCCGCCUGCCUCCCCACCCAGUGCCUUCUCACCCACGCGACACCUCUUCCUCCAGGGCUGCUCUCUGAAAGAGUCUGAUAUUGAUGCCGCCACCUCUAUGAUGCUCUUAAACUCGGCCCCUGGACACCACAGUGACCUGUGUGACCGAGACAGCCCCAUUGACCUCUCUCAUCCGGACUCCGUCCUUGUGAGCAGCGACCCAAAGCAAGACCACAACUACAGCAGCGCGUCAUUCCAGCGGUGCUCGUCUCGCUCUUCCUCGUCGUCGUCAUCUUCGCUGUGCUCCCUGGAUGAGGCUGGCUGCGAUUCCGGCCAGGGCCGCCGUGCCGGCAGUGAGGGUUUCCAUAGCGACGAGGAUUCGGAGGAGGAGAGGAACCUGUGCCUGCCCAAACUUCCCAUCCGUCGCCCACUCACUGUCAAGUGCCCUAUUCCGGGUAAACGGACUCAUCACGAGUCCAAGCCAGAAUUGGAUGAGGAGCUGAAAGAGGCGGCUGGGUCACUCUUACAUCUGGCCGGGAUCCGAUCCGGUCUGGAUCUAUCGAAACGAAAGGCCAAGUGCAAAAAACUGGCAAAGCAUUGAAAAUAAAGCCGGAAAAAAAGCCCUUAGUGACCUUUUUACCCCUGGACUGUGUAUCAGUGACCGUGCCUCAUUUUUUUGGAUCAUUAAAAAUCUUCAAAUCUCUCCUUUUUCUGACACAGGGAUCAACAAUAAGGAUUUUACCUGCCCUAGUAAUAUGU